AUGUAUUUAUUCGUUGCCUCCCUGGUCGGUUUACUUGGCUGUCUCGCCGCCUAUCAUGGAGACAUGGGACCAAAAUAUCUGUCACUCCCAUCCGCGGUUUGCUCUCCUUCUUACCACCCCAACGUCCAAGGAAAUUGUUCCGCUUCAGAGGGUAGCUCGUCUACCAUUUCAUGCUCUUGCAAUUCGCUAUCGGGUGCCGCGUCACAAAAUGAACCUGUCAUGCAAUCCGAGUGCCUUGAGUGCGCAGCCGUUGAAGAGCCGAAAGCAAGAAGGCCCGAUUUUGGGCAAAAAUUAUCAAAAAAGAAUGCUUGA